AUGGCCAAGCACGGUUCGCGAAGUGUUGGCUCCUGCCGCUGGCGAAUCCUUCUCACGGAUCUGGGAUGGCGCUCUCAGCAUGUGGAGGCUGUCGAGGACGACCCCCCCAUGAUCUCUGUCACCAACGUCGUUUCUGCACUGAUCUUGACAAACGGCUUGAACUCACGAGAGCUAUCCUUGCAAAACGUCGGGCGGAACGACUGCUGUGGCUCCAGUCCCUUGAGGAUGAUGCCGCUUCUGGCGAUGCUCACGCUAUUAGAACAGCGCCAAGAGAUUCAGGGUAUACUCGAGUCCUUGCAGUUGGAGUCCGGUGCGCACAUGCUUGCAGAGUUUACCGAUGCGGAGAUCCAGGAAGCACUCAACAAAGGCAAAUCUGGUAAAACCUCAGGUCUUUCUGGUAUUACCUAUGAAUUGUUAGUGGCAAUGUGGGGCGUUGAAGAUGGAAGGAUUAUUCUCAGACAGUUCCUCAACAACCUUUUCACUGCUUCCCAACACCCGCAGGGCCUCUAUCGUGCUUUUGUACUUCUCAUCCCAAAGGUUGCCCAGCCACAGUUGGUGUUUGCAUGGAAAGGGGUACAGUGGGAAGUCAGCCAGGCCCAGGGUGUGCAACAGGGUCACACCUACAGUUCUGGCGUGUUCAGCUUCAUCAUAGGCCAUCUUUUGCAACAGGAGUUCCAACGAUGUCGUGCUGAUGGUUUUGACUCUGUGGUAGGGGAUUGGGGGUGGCUUUUCAUUGACGACCUCUUGCUGCAUUUUGAUGACUGGAAUACUGCCAUCAAACUCCUUCCAAGGAUACAGGAUGCUUUGUCAGCUGUCGGUCUUGCGUUUAACUUGACCAAAACACAGCUCAUGGCUUCUCCUGCUACGCUUGCAGCGGGUCGUGAGCUGGUUCUGCCUGCGGACCAUGUGUUGUCCAAAGUGCCGUGGGUUGAUCUUACUCAGUACUUGCGCAAGCCAUUGAGGCAUCUACGUGUUGGCGAGAAUCUGUGGCAUCUUUGGCAACCCUUUUUCGUGCGUAGUGUGCAUCACGGUUUGCAGCAGAUGCUCCCAGUACUUCGUGGCCUCAAUUGGUUACAGCCCAAUUUGGCCUUGACCAUCCUAAACCGUUACAUCGGAAGUAAAUGGCUCUGGGCUUCACCUGUCGUUCCUCCUACCGUGCAUGCACUUGAUAGCAUUCGUACCCUGCAAGCUACUGCGUUGCAAACCCUGCUGCAGCUGCACAUACCCACCUUGCUCCAGAAACCGCAGGCCAUGGUCUUGCAUAGACUUCGCAAACGUGCUGUAUACCUCUUCCUCAAUGACAAGAUACCCCAAACAUGGACUUUUCAGUGGCAGCUGCGUUUCUGGAACUACUUCGGCCAUGUCUUGCGAAGACCGCCUGAAGCGCCGGUGCGGGCAGCUGUCAGUUCAAUGAUCAGAAUGCGGCGGCCACAAGGUGGCUUCCCGAACUCCCCGCUGGAUUGGCUCCUGCGUUGUGCUGCCAAAGCUUUUAAUGCAGUCGUCUCUCCGGUGGAGAUAUUUGCGCUGGCUGCCGACCGCCUGGCAUGGAAGUUGCGUGGAGCCUGCUUCUUUGAACAACAGGCUCUGGCUCAGCUCCAUAGUCGCGUCAAUUCGGGCCUCUUUCCUCGAUGGCAGGAUUAUGUAUUGCAGCAUGCAGUUUGGCUUUUCACGUGUACGCUCUGUGUGGGAGAGCAGGGUUUUGUACUUGUCUGGAUUGAUAAUGAACAGGGCUUGCAGACUUGGACCUUGUGUGAUGACCUGCAGAUGGGCCUGUAUCAUUUUGCCAUUACAGUGCGUAUGCUGCAUCCGUAUUUCCUGCUGCAUUGUGCCUUGGCAGAGACACAGCUGGAGGCUCACUUACCAACAUUGCAUCGAGUCGCUGAUGUUUUGCAAGAACAGUGUCAGAUACUUCUCACCUUCAAUGUCAUACCUGAGAGAUAUAUACGUAAAAUUGCUACCCUUCAAGAUUGA